AUGACUCCAGCCGCUGACAAGCAUCCAAACCAGUUCAACUACACGUUUCGAAAUAGAAGACGUCUUUCGGCGCAUGUUUCUGCAAAAUAUGUCUGUUUUGUGAACUUCUGGUUUUACGAAUACUACAGACUUCGACAACGUUUCUCUGUAUAUUCAGCAGCUUCGACCAGUCUACCAAGUCAAUGUUUUUCGUAUUCAACCAAUAAUGAUUCAACACGGAAUGUAGCUUAUGGUUCUGGUUUGUUGUGUGAUAAUUCGUUAGUAACCGGUUGGUAUCGCUUUGUCCAACCAGCUGGUACGAUGAUUGUUGCAAGUGUUACAAAUGUAUAUCAAUGUAGCACAAUUGCCCCCGGAUGGUUAAAUUCGUCAUAUCCAACAACAUUAGGACAAGCUGUAACUGGAUAUGUGUGUUUGAAUGUUGGUGGUGUGAUAUGUCAAUAUUCAUAUCCCAUUUUGAUAACAAAUUGUUCUUCGUUUUAUGUUUAUUUUCUAGCACCUGUAACAAUAUGUUAUGCUCGAUAUUGUACUACGUAA